AUGGCUGACAUAGUUUUUAAUUACAUCAAUUUCAUCAAUGACUAAAAAUCAACUGAAAACUAAGUGAAAGAUUCUGGAAUAUUAAAAAAGAGUAUAAAGAAAGGAAAAGGAUGUCUUUGUUAAAAAUUAAGAUAGAAAAAGAAAUAUAAAAUAUAAUCACCUGAGGAGUCAUCAAAUGAGUGUGAUGGUUGGGAAGAGGAAGACAAUUAUAACAGGAAAUCAUCAAAACAAAGAAAUUAGAAAGAAUUUGUCGAUUUAAUUUAGUACGCAUCUAAACUAUAUAUUAUGAUAAAUAUUGCGAAACAAUAACUUAAAGAAUUGGAAGAAACUAUGCAAUCAAAUCAUGCAUAAAAUUGA